AUGCCGAGCAAGCCACAGCAGCAGUACAAGACACUCAACGGCACUAGCGGCGGCGCUGGCAAGUCGUCGGCCGCCGCAGCAGCCAAGAGCACGGCGACCACCUCCGCUUCGCCCGCGCCGGCGCCAUCGCCACCGCCACCACUGCCCUUCAACGCGAUACCGCACGCCACCUCGGGUGACCGCCUCAUCGGCGUUGAGGUCAGCUCGAGCAUUCCGGCGCUGAUGAGUGAGCUCGGCGAGUUGCUGCAGCAGACGCCCGGCAGCGGCAGUGGCGGCGUAGCAGGCGGGCUGUGGCGCGGCCAGAAUGGCGGUCUCCUCUUCGAGCAUCUCGACGGUGCUGCAGCGUCGCCGAAAGAGGCCACGGCAGCGCUUUCGGGCGGCACGGACGCAAACCGUCGCAUCGAGCAAAUUUCGCCCGGCGCACUCGAGCGUCUCUCGCAGGUGUUCAACGUGCAGCAACGUCAGUCCGGGUUCGCUUCUGCGGCGGCCGGCCUAGUAGCGGCAGCGGGCGCCUCCGCCGCCUUGAAAUGCAGCUCCAGCAGCCGCGGUGGCGUGGCUCCUUCCACGGUCGAGGUGCUGGACGACGACGAGGAUGGCGACAUGGACUCGGCGAGUGGUAGCAGCACGGCAGCCGAUGAAGUCUUCCCGGCUGUGUACCGCGAUGGCGGCUCUGACUGCGAUGCAUCUAGUACGACCGGCCGGCGACACAACUUCGAUGACAUGUUUGAAAUGAUGCAACGUAGCAUCGGCAGCUACGCCCGCGGUGGCGGCGGUGGCGCAGGGGACAAGGGAGCGGGCGGCAGCGGUGAUGUCGGCUUCGACCCAUCUGCUUACUCAGAUCCUCUCACACAACUGGAGCUGUUUCGCGCAAUGAUGGUGGCGACGAGCAAGGGCCGCAGCAGCGGCGGCGGCUCGGCGGCGGCACAAGAAGCUAAGCCCGAUGAUGCCGAGGCCCGUUCGCGAGUUAUCUCUGAGAGCGGCUUACCAAAUCACUUUCGCAACUUCCUCGAUAUCCUCAGCCCGCAGUUGAUCAGCCAGCUGAUGCUGCAGCAGCGGGCGGCCAAGGCUGCCAGUGCUGGCGCUGGUGGUGUUGCGGGUGCAUGCAAAGCGGGGGAGGCGACAUCAGCUGCCGCUGCUGCCGUGGCGCGUGAAGUGGACAUGGCAGCCAGCGGUGUGGCGAACCUAUCAGACUUGCAGCAGCGUGUGGAGCAGGUACGCGGGCUUAGCAGCAGCACCCUCGAGGCGCUUGCCGAGGGCGAGGUGUCGGACAGCACGUCUGGUAGCCUGCGCGACCUUUUACUUGGCGACUCAGCAGGUGCGGCUGCACCUGAGGCGGUGUCGGCUGAGCUGGAGCUCAGCAGUGCCAAGGUGGGAUACUGCUUGACCGAGGCUGCCGCCGUCGCGGUGUCGAUGCUGUGGAGCUACUUGGGGAGUCAACAGAAAGAGGCGCCACUACUUCUCGGCUACACGCGCGAGGAGGCGCAGAGCCAAUUCAACCUUCUUCUUUUCCGUCUGCGACAGGAACUCUUCGCGCAGCCGGCUGCGAGCUUGGAGGAGGUGAGCCGCUGUUUCGGUGGAACUGUGCAGACGGAUGCCGAGGACAUCUACCGCGCGAUCAACGGCGUGGGUGUGCUUCUCUUCUUCACCUGCAAGCCGCUUCCGCUGCUCGAGAAGACGUGCAGCGAGCUCCGCAUUUCUCUCUCGGACUCGGCCAAUACAGACUGCAACAUCAUGCCGGAGCUGAUUGCCGAGAAGCUGGCGGCGUUCCUGUACCCGAUGAAGGAAGGGAAACUGUCUUUUGCGCAUCUCAGUUUUAUCCCUCGCCUGCAGGUGCACGAGCACGCACCGGGCAACUACACGUGCACGAUCGACAACGCCAGCAACAUGGGGCGCAUGAUGCGCGAGCGGCUGCUCAGCAACCGCUUCAGCUGCAACAAGAUCAAGUGGCGCGCUGCGCUGAUGAACGACAAGGGCAAGCUGAAGUUCCAGGUGUGGCACCGUCACGCGACACCGCUCUCCGUCCACUUUAUCGUUCGCACAUCGGAGCCCAAGAAAAAAAAGAAGAGCGGCUGUGGUAACACCGGCGUGAACGGCGCGGCGGGGGAAGAGAAGGAUGCGGCUGCGGCAAGCGCCGUCGAGGAUCUGCGCGCCAACUCCGCUCUCUUCGUGGAGCAGCAGUUGACGGCGGCACCGGGCGAGAUGGUGGGGUUCACGCACGACUUCAUUGAGCUGACCGUCGCACUCAGCUCGCCAACUACUUUACAGCAUGGAUACCGCACGUACAACAAGGCCGACGAUCGACUUGUCUUCCAGUUCUCGCUGCAGCUGAGCAACGUGGACGGGGCACCGCUGGAUGGGGCCGCGGCAGCAAACGCGGGCAAUAAGGUGCCAGCGAAGCAGGCAAACGAGGAUCAGGAGCCGAGUUUGAGCGGGUCGACCGAGGGCAAGACGGACGGCGGGGAGUCGAAGGACGACCCGGACGCGGAGCUGCACGCGGCAAUGCGUCGUGUCAGCGACAGCGAAACAGCCGCGCGUGCCGUCAUCGAAGAGACAGCGAAGUGGGACUACCGUCACCUCCAGAACGACGAGUGCCGCGAGGCUCACUGCGCGCGCCAGCGUACAGAGGACCGGGAGCGCAAGGCGCUGCUGGCGAAGGUGGGGCCGACUCCUGAGCUGAUCAGGGAGGUGGAGAAGCUAAGUCAGUCCGUGCAAGCCGCGCAGCAGCAGAUUGCGAGGCUCAACAAGGAGAGAAGUAAGGAUGAGAAGGAGGGCGAGAAGACGGCGGAGAAGCUGGCGCAGCACCAGGCAGAGCUGGCAUUGCUGCUGAGCUCGCUGGAGUCUGGCGAGGCAGAGCUGUCGAGGCUGGAGGCGGAGAUGAAGGCGGCCGAGGCGCGCAUUGUCGAGAAACGCGCGCGGCGGGCACGCAAAGAGGCCAAGAAGGCGGAGCAGAGCCAGUGGACGGCCCUGAAGCGUGUGCUGGAGCCGACGUCCUCGACGACGCACCAUGACACCCUCGCCAUCAACGACUUUGGCAGCUUUUUGCAGUCAACGCCGAUUAUGGCGGCCGCGAUGCCGCUGCAGCAACAGCAGGAGUCAGCGGUGUUGCCCACUGCCCCGUCUUCGUCGUCGCUGUUCGGCUCAAGCGCCGGCUGCGGCCCGGGCAUGCCGCCACUCGCCGGUGGCACCGGUGGCCUCGGCGCGUUCGGCACGGAUCGCUUUUCUGCGCGUACGCCGAUGAGCGCAUCACCGGGCACCGGCGUGACGAACACCACGCCGGUGUUUUCCACGCAGCCAAAGAUGGGCUUGGGCAGCAGCAGCAGUCUCGUGAACACCAACGGCAACACCAGCCCUGGCGCCAACGUCGGGGCGGUUGGUGGCGGACACCCGCACAUGAAUGGCAUCGGCGGUAGUACGCACGGAACCACGCCUUCGCACCCGGGAAGGGUGUCGCCCAUGUUGCCGCCUUCGCCUGGGGUGGUGAGCAACGCCUCUGCCGCAAUGGGCAGCCGCAGCAGCCCUGCCUCGGCCGCGGGUGUGCCCAUCGGCAGCCCCGGAAUGCCGCUGUCGGGUGGCAACGGAGUCUCCGGCAACAUCGGGAUGGGCAGCAGCGGCAGCGGCAGCGGCGGUAACGGCGGCGGCGGACUCUCCUUCGGACUCGCACCCUCCCUCUUCAGCACCAACCCUGUCAGCCAUGUCACCCACAGUGCAGGAGCAACCGUUGCCAACGCGAACAACACACCGAGAAACCUGUACACGUCUCUGGAUGUUAAUGCGCAGCCUUUCAGCCCUUCACCGCCGCCGGCCAUGCCGGCGCCGGGGACCGGCGGUUGCACUACACCCGCGGCGUCGGGCAGUGGGGCCGGAAAUGCAAGCGGCAGCCACAGCAACGGCAGCAGUGGUGGUAUCGGCUUCGCCUUCACCGUCACAGCUGGCGCGCAUCCUGGGUUGGUGGGUGGGUCCUCUCCGAUUUACCAGAGCGGCCCCUCCGGCUUCUCCAGCGGCAGUGCUCACGACCUGCCCGGCCACUCGCCGUCGUCCUUCUCGACGACGCCCAUGCCCACCCCGGCUGCGAACGGCGUUUAUGGGAUGGGUGGUGGCAAUCACGGCAGCACGCAUGACAUGCAACACCAGCAUGCGCACCAGCCGCAGCACUCAGGCUUACUGCCACCGCGGCCGCAUACUCCCAGCGAGUUCUUGAGCUUUUCAACAAGCCUCCAGUGGCGUAACUGA